CCUGUUUCAUCUCAAUUAAUAUUCGCAGUUGCUGGUAAAAAGGGUCGGGUCAUGGAGCGCCGCAUCCUCAAGGACUUCCAGAUCGGUUUCGUCGAAGGCCUCCUCAACGAAACGUUCAAAAACGCAAACGACAAACCGGCAGCGGACGUGUUCAGCACGAUUGCCAAAGCCAUCGGGAGCCGUACCAGCGCCAAGAAGAAGAAGCCCGAGGACUGGAACGCUCUGGUCCGGAAGAAUACAACGGUCCGAGAUCCGAUCGGUAACUCAACGGAAGCCAUCAUGCGUCGCAGCAGGAUGAGCUUGCGGAAGCAGAUCAUUGAAGGAUCAACCCAGGGCUUGGACAUGAACACGGACAAUCUGGUGGAGUUCAAUCCGAAGCUGUCGGAGGUGACUCCGGUGACUCGGGUGGCCUACGUCAAGUUCAUGACGACCAAAUUGAAAAAGGAUGCAGGUAAAGAGGAUGAAGCAGAUGCUGCCACCUUCGAAAACGAACGUCGAGGUUCCACCACGCGUAGUUCAAUAAAGAAGCUUGUGGAGUUGAAGGAUAAGAUCAACAGCAUCGAGGUAGAGGAUAAGACAGAGAAGAAGUCUCCUGUGAAGGAGACUGAGAUCCCUCUCAAGGAAUCAGCAACAACUCCCGCUGCAGUGACGGUGAAUCCUCCGGAAGAAACGAUCAGCACGGCUUUCAAAGAAGACAAGGAUGACAUCCGGAUCGAUAUGAGUAAGGUUCGAGUACGUUCACCAAUCAUGGAAGACCCGGAGGACGUCAUGAGCGAAAAUGGCGACCGCUGUCCUACGCCCAGACGUGCGGACAGUAUUCCGAAACGUCCUGAAACCCCCAUUCCAAGUGUAAGUCCACCGUUGGACAAGAAAACAGACAGUGGAAAACCUAGCACCACCGAAGUCAGCAGUGCUGGGUCGAUAAAGGCCAAGGAAUCUACGCCAAGCUCACAGGGCAGUCUCCGGAAGGACACCCUUUCGCCGUCGGGUUCAGCUAAGUCCGAUUCAUCCCGUUCAUGCUCACGUUCCCCAACUCCUGCCCGUCUGGAACCUCCACCGCCGAGUUCUCCAGCUCGAACACCAUCGCCGGCCUUCUCCGACAAGGGGAAAUCGAAAAUAACCGGAAAAACACUUAAAGGCUGGAUGUAAUACACAGACUAACGGCAAACCUCACGCCUUCACAUUGACCCCUGCUGCCGAUUCGUGUCACUCAAGGUAGGUAUUUUGGCAAUAUGAAACGUUUAUCAUUUCCUCAGUAGGUUCACCAUCUAGCGAAUUAAUAAAGCGAACACAGUUUCAAUGAUUUCGAUGUAA